AUGGUCCAUGUAUCACAUGGUGAAAGAAAUAACUGGAAUCCUGUAGACUUCUUGACUCCAGAAACAUACGUGCUGAUAUCCAACGGCAUAACGAAGCUUAAAGGUGUAUUGAGCUUUAAGUUUGAGAAUAACCUCUUCGAUAUGAAAAAGCAAAUCGUAAAUGUUAAAUGUAGAGAUACUAACGCAAAUGGUUUGGUC